UUACAAGUUUUACAGAAAUAAAGGUCAAUCUUUCUUAACCUCAAUAUUGGAAUUUAAAACCAUUUAAGUUAGUCUUUAUUGAAAUAAAAGCCUCUGAAAUGGAAUGGGGUCAUAAGCUAGAAAGAGGUCAAAUCAGACUUUGGUGGGAUAAUGUUCCACAACUCACCUCUAAACUUGCACCCUUAAGAAUAUAUGUUAGAAAUAUACCUGCAUCGGUUACUGAUGAUGAAAUAGCAAAGGGAUUUGGCAUUUCACAAGACCGCAUCACUUCGAAACGUGAGCCAGGCAAGAAGUCUGCCUCUGCCAUCAUUGUACCCAGCAGCUGGCAUGAAAGCGAUUUAAUUUUGAGUUAUUACGACGCAACGUUCUUUGAAAAUCAAAAAGCAUACGUAAGGCAAGCUCAUGACAAGGACACAUCACGACCCAGCUCGAAGCACUACAAGCCUUUAAAGUUGUCCAGAGAAGAGUUUGACUUGAGCCCUGCAUGCAGUGGGCAGCCUACACUUNGAAUCGGGUCAGACCUGUGUCGGCGCUUCCAGUCGCUGGUUUACCGCGAGCUGGGCCAGAAUAGCGUCAUAGACUUCAAUGAUGACGAGUGCACCUGGCGACGUGCUUGGUUCAACCGCCCUGAAGGCUGCAGCGAGUCGUCGGCCCAGCUCACGCAGAACAUGAAGCUCUACACCUACAAGAUGCUCAUCAUGAAUGCAAACCACCUCACUACCCUGUGUAUCAACGAGUAUCUUUGCGUCUUUGAUAUCGACGUAUUCGAUGCUAUAGGUCGACUUGCUGUGAACCUGGAGGAAUUAUUGCUGCAAUUUUCGCAUGGGAGAAAGCAUUAUACUCAAAUGAAGACCAUCUUCCGAGGCUGUACCAAACUCAGGACUUUGUGUCUCGAGGGCAACUUCGACUCUGACCAAUUGCUGCGAGACUUGAAGCUGUGCAAAAGCUUGCAGGUUCUGAGGCUUGGCAGACUGAGGCAUGUUAACUUGGCUCUUCUGAAGAAAUUGCAAACUCCUCUGAGAGAACUUUCAAUCCACAAUGUUGAGUACAUUAAACCAGAAGACGCAACAUAUAGCUUCCCGGACUUUCCCUUCAACUCAAGUCUCGCGACCUUUCGCUUGUUCAACAACGUCAGACCUCCAUACCUAAUGGUGGGGCCAGCACGUUUUAUCUCCUCCUUGGCACGCAAGUGUCCGGCGCUGGUGCAACUCCAGCUCGAUUGCACCAAUUAUCUUGAUUCCCUCAAUUUCCAUGCACUCGAUAACUUGAAGGUGCUGCAUUUCAUUGCUGAUCAUGAGUGUGACAUUGAGUACGUUCUCAAGGAAUCGCAGCCAAACAUCGAGGAUCUCUUCAUUGAGUUAUCUGUAGAAACAGUUUAUGAUGUUCUCCAUAGCAAUACAUUCGUCACACUAGACUUUUCACUGGCGUCGCCAUCGGUGAAGUCCCUAACGCUGCUUUCCGUCCCUCUGGACGAUGAGACGUACAAGAGCCUCCUGCGCAUGCCAAAGCUUCAGCGAGUCUUUAUUAAAAGCAAUGAAUUCUCACUGGAUCAGCUGAAACUGCUCGUGGCCCACGUUCAGCUCGUCGAGAUCGGCGCCGCGAUGGUGACCGUGGAUCUCUCCACGGCCCAGGAGCUCGCUGCGCUACGCAGGAAGGCGCUGACCGAGAACAGGUCACACAGAAUAAGAGAACAUGUCAUGAGGUCACACGAGAACAGGUCACAGGUCCCCUCACAGUGUCUCGACCACGACCAGCCCCUCGUGCUGCAUGUCAGCUGCACCGACCACCUGACCUUCGCAGAUCCUGUCAUCAAAAUCAAAGGCCACAAGCUGAACUCGUACCCGUACAUCUACGAGCGCGUCGGAUCCCAUCGAUUUGAUUACGAGUGGCUGGACUUCAGCCACGACCUGCUCCAGCAGUUUGUGCCCUCGGGCCCAGAUAGAUAUUUUGUCUGGCAUGACGACCUGAACGACGAUGAUUAUCAGAAGAACGCUUUCCCCAGCUUUGAUUCCGACGAUUAUAGUGGGGACUCGGACCUGGACUGGCCUAUCCUGGCCUGACCAGGUCUGUUCUGCAGUGGCCGUCGUGAGUACUGAGCCUAUCCUGGCUUGUGCUGCAGUGCUGUGAUACUAUAAAUGCAGCUGACCAGGUCUACUCUGCAGUGGCCGUCGUGAGUACUGAGCCCAUCCUGGUUUGUGCUGCAGUGCUGUGAUACUAUAAAUGCAGCUGACCAGGUCUACUCUGCAGUGGCCCGUGGCCGUCGUGAGUACUGAGCCUAUCCUGGCUUGUGCUGCAGUGCUGUGAAACUAUAAAUGCAGCUGACCAGGUCUACUCUGCAGUGGCCGUCGUGAGUACUGAGCCUAUCCUGGCUUGUGCUGCACUGCGAUAUUAUUUUACAUGUACGAUCUAAUGCAUUGAACAUAGUUCCUGCUUACGUACAAAUCGUUGCCGCUUUUAUUAAAAGUAGAAAGGAAACGAAAAAUUUUUUAGUUUAUGUCAGAAAACAAAAUAAAAAUUUUUACUUUCUGUUUUGUUAACCCUUUCCAGUGCUUGCGUGAAAAGAGUUUGUUCUGUUGUAGAGCUUAAGAUGUCAACGGCUUCUCUGGUAACGAAUUUGUGUUACUAUACUUACGCAGUUGAAGGAAUAUUAUUUUUCUCAAUAAAUGAGAGUACUUCAA